AUGAGUUUUCUCGGUCUUGCAGCUGUCUUGGUUUUGGGUCUUUGUUCCUCUGCCCAGGGAUCUUUGGUGAAAUGCUCUUGUGAUCCUGGUCCUGCGGGUGAGCGAGGUCCUCCUGGUCCUCCAGGACCUCCAGGAAACGGCAACGGUCUUGGUGGCAGUGGCAAUGGAUACUGGGGCUACCCAGGUCCUUACCCACCUAACCUUCCCAUUAUUCCGGGUCCCAGAGGUUUGCCAGGCCCACCGGGACCUCCUGGAUACUGCUUCCCCUGUCCGGCGGCUCCACCCUUGCGAUCUUUUCCACCACCUGGAGUUCCUGUUCCACCCUUUAUCUCAGCCCAAGCGGUUCCUGGUGGCGGAUUCGGAGGAGCCUCUGCACUGACCACCGCUGUGGGCAACAUUAUAGUCAUUCCUGGCGGAGCAACUGGAACUGGUUUAACGGGUCGUGCGCAGUUCUUCCACAUUUCACCCGAUGGGCAGGUGAUGCAGAUCGAUCGGCCGCAGAAUUUGCCCAGCGAACUGUUCGAUUCACCGGCCAAUCAGGGGCAAGCUGCUCCCAUUCCACCGCCUCAACCCACAUCGGCAUCUCUGUCGGGGAUUACGCCACCGGCAAUUCAAUUGGCACCCACUCAACCGACUCCCGGAGAACUGGGCACACCGCAGACCACAUUGCUGCCGGAAAAUAUAGAGGAGACUGUAUUCGCAGUGGGCAAUCGCAAGGACUUUCUGCGCGGCAGCUCCGAUGCCAGCGAUUGGAGGAGGAUCCUCCUCUUGGGCGAGAGAUCCCACGAUGGUCUACUGGCUGCCAAGGCUCAAUCCGUCCAGCAGCAGCAUAAUCCCAAUCAGCUGGAGAGCAGCAUGGAGAACUUUCAGAGGGCUCUGGUCGAGCUGAAGGAGAAGUAUGCCACACUCGUCCAACCUCGUAGUGCUAACCAAUAUGCAGUCAUUAUUUGAGAUAUAUAGUCUAUUUAUUCAGAUUGCAGCUAGUUGAAUAUUUAAAUAAAAACCGUACUGAUAAUGUCUAACAAGAA